GUGAUUGGCUGUUCCUACACAAGCCACGGUGACAUCAUCAGGAAUGUUGUGAAGCUGGAACGAGCUACCUGGUAGCUGUUGUUGCUCUCCUCUUACCGAAGAUAAGGCUUUCGUCUGUUUUACGGGCGAAAAAAACUAGACAUGUCUGACUUCACAGAGGACCAGCUCAUGGAGUUCAAGGAGGCCUUCCUCCUAUUUGACCGGACAGGUGAGGGCAAGAUCACCUACAGCCAGUGUGGUGAUGUUAUGCGGGCCCUUGGACAGAACCCUGUCAAUGCUGAGGUGCUCAAAGUCCUGGGAAACCCCAAGUUGGAAGAGAUGAACCACAAGACGCUGGAUUUUGAACAGUUCCUGCCCAUGCAUCAGGCCAUUGCUAAAAACAAGGACCAGGGCUCCUUUGAGGACAUUGUAGAGGGUCUGCGGGUCUUUGACAAGGAGGGAAAUGGUACAGUGAUGGGAGCAGAGCUGCGCCAUGUCCUCACCUCACUAGGUGAAAAAAUGACAGAGGAUGAGGUGGAGACUCUUUUAGCGGGACAUGAAGAUGCCAAUGGCUACAUUAAUUAUGAAGAACUCGUCCGCAUGGUGAUGAGCGGUUGAGGAUUUCAGAAACAUGCUUCCUGCUGUAAUUUUGUCUUGCCCUCUUUCAUCCUAUUUGUUCUAUUUUAGAUGUUUAUUUCAGAAGUGUCAUUUCUGUUUGCUAUGAAGAAACCCUUUUCAUCUCCUUAUCGAAAUGCUAUUCCACUACAGGUACAAUCAAUAAUGUUUCUAUGAUUGCUCAACCUUUUGUUAGUCAACACCAUUUAGUCUCGUUAAGUGGUUUUCUUUUGGUGGACAUGUUACAUUUAUCUAUUGAAUAAACAUUCUUGUGUACAGUG